ACUUGCGCCUAGAAGAAGAAAUAGAUCUAGUCAAGAACAAAAGAAGAGCAAGGAGGAGGAGGAGGAGGAGGAGGAAGAUGAGGAGGAGGAGGAAGACGAUGACUAAAAUGAUAAAAUAAAAACAGAAAGAUAAUUUGAUGCAGUCUGAAGCUAAACAAAAAAAAAAAAUCAUAAAAAAAAAACAUUCAUACCCAUUUGUUGCCUUACAGCUAAAACAAUCUAUCCCCUCACAUGCUCUUAAAAGUUUCCGAGCCUUUUUCACUCUUUGUAUAUAUUUCUGGUUCUGCGAUUACUCUUUUCUCCUUUUUUAAAUUUUUGUUCUCUCUUUUCUUCCUUCUUCUCAUUCUUUUUUUUUUCCCUCUCUUUUUUUUCUUCCCAAUCGUCAUUGUUUGUUUAGAAAAAGUCUAAUUGAAUGUUACGUGACUCAAGAUCAGAUAGAGCAGUCAAACCGAGACUAUGCAAUAUAUUUGAAGACAGAUAUAGAAAGAUUGAAAUUCUAGGAAAAGGGAAUUUUGGUGAAGUAUUUUUAGCCGAACAUGUUGCCACCCAAAGAAAGGUGGCUGUUAAAGUAGUAGACACAAGAUUAUUUAAAAACGAUGACCAAAGAAGACAUGCAGAAAACGAAAAGGAAAUUUGCAAACUAUUUCAAAAAAGAUACAAACAUCCUCAUAUCGUAGACGUUACGGAAGUGAAUGUUCAUGACCAAUCUAUCUAUUUUGUACUGGAAUACGUGGAAGGUGGAGAAUUAUAUCAGCAAAUCAAAAGUAAGGGUCGAAUUGGUGAACCACAAGCAAAAAAAUGGUUUAAAGAGUUGGUUGAAGCCGUUGCAUAUAUUCACAAGCACAGUAUUGUCCAUCGUGACUUGAAGCCUGAAAAUGUCUUGGUGGAUAAAAUGGGUAAAAUCAAAUUAUGUGAUUUCGGAUUCGGUAAAGUGUUUGAUGCCACUAAAUUACUUGAUACAUACUGUGGGAGUCCAUUUUAUGCUGCACCAGAAAUGGUCACUGCCACGCCUUAUCGUGGCCCUCCUGUUGACAUGUGGAGCUGUGGUGUGAUCUUAUAUGCGAUGCUGACAGGUCAACUACCCUUUCAUUGUGAUACAAUGCCAGAAUUAUUCAAAAAAAUCAGCCUUGCUCAUUACGUUGAGCCAAAUACACUCUCUGAUGAAGCGUUACAUUUAAUAAAAGCAUUAUUAUGUAGAAAUCCCAAACGACGCAUCACGGCAGAAAAUGCAUUAAAGCAUCCAUGGUUACACAGCGAUCCUCCCACGCAUCAUAUUAAAAAGAUGAUCAAGAUUCCUUCCACCAAUACAUUUAGAAAAUCCGCUAUUAAAAGCAAUGCAUUGAGUAUAUCCAGCACUUUACCCUCUCCUGUGAUCUCUGUUGGAGAUGAAGAAUUGGCUUCUUACAAUACUACAUCAGAGCAACAAAAGACUUCCAAUAACAAAGCAACUGCUGCUAGAUUUAUUUUACACGGUCUGAACAAGAAAUCUCAAGUAGCUCCUACAAGAGAAAAGAACAAAGAUUCAACAAAGAAAGGAAGUAGAGCACUUCUUGUUACUGCUGAGCGUAUCAAGAGAUUCUUUUCAAACACUUUCUUCCAUAGAAGAUUGACUACUACUUGAACAUUCCCUAUUUAAUUUUUAAUAAUAUUUCCCCCCCCCCCCCUCCACAACCCUUUUUUUCUUAUUUACUUGAUAUAUAUAUAAUAUAAAAAUAAAUUAACGCAUUCGAUUGCCC